GGACUUUUCUUUUUAUCCUUUUCUUCCCUUCUUUUCCGUUUUCCUGUUCUCUCCUCCGAAUUCAUUCAAUGGGUUUUAUUAUAAAUACAGUCCCCUCCUCCACAGCGCCUUCAGAUCUCAACAUCCCCACUUUUUCCUCCUCUCGCAUUAUCCACAAGAAAUUAGAAAGAAAACAAUUUCCCUCCAGUUCCAAUUCAUUCGUCCUCAUUUCUGCUCACUGCUUCUCUAUUUUUUUUCUCCCUUCUGCCUUUGGUUCGCGAGCUCUAAGGCUUUGAUUUCAUCGGAAAAGAAAUGGCUAGCGCGGCCGCGGCUAUGGGAAUGAUCGGAGGGAGCGGGUGCGGCGGAUCUUCCUCGACGUCCUGGUUCCGGAGCCGGAGAAGGGCGAGGAACAAUACCGUCACCGGAAGGAAUCAGAACUCGUCGCGGAUGUUGUGUGUUGCUUCGUCUUCCUAUUCGGUGAUGGAUCCUUACAAGACGCUGAGGAUCCAGCCUGGAGCCUCCGAAUCCGAGGUCAAAAAGGCCUUCCGUCAGCUCGCUCUCCAGUAUCAUCCGGAUGUGUGCAGAGGGAGCAAUUGCGGAGUUCAGUUCAGCCAAAUCAAUGAAGCCUACGAUAUUGCGAUAAGGAAUCUGAGGGAGGAAGCGUCCGAAGGGUAUGGGUCCUACGAGUCGUCGGCGACGGCGGCGUAUGGGCCGUCCGAUGAAGAAGAGGGAGAUGAGCCGUUGAGAGGGAUGGAGGAUCCGGAGUGGGACAUGUGGGAGGAAUGGAUGGGCUGGGAAGGGGCCGGAAUCAGGGACUACACUUCCCACAUCAACCCUUACAUUUGACAAUUGUGAGAUCAGAGCUUUGGAGGGAGGGGAAGGAAGUGGGAAAAAGAUGUGAAUAUUUUAUGGUUUCCGGCGGCGUCCGCACAUAUUUGUAAUUUCGGGGGGUUCCAUGUAACUAUGUCAAUGGGCCCAAUCCCACGGCCACUCUUGGGCCUGCGUCCUGAGGCCCACCUUUGAUAGAGAAGAAAAAGGUUGUGGCUGCAUUUGUAAAUAUUGACGACUGUAAGGUUGACCGGAAGUAGCAAUGUGUACAUAAUGAUGUUGUGGCAAUUAUGCUUGUUUCCCAAUAGUUCGCCUUCUCUGACUGCUGUGGCGAGUGGUAGUAACCGACCACCACUGCUUAGAAGUUAGAAGCAAACAAUCUCUCUGAUCAA